AUGCAUACCCAAUACAUGGAUGCCGGAUGCAUUCGGGGCCAGGAGGAGGCGUCCUAUCAGGAUCUACUGCCGCAGCUACCACUAUGCUCAUUGAAAUGGGAGGAGGCGCCUUAUAACUUCUCACAGGCCAGGCAGGAAGCCAACAACGCAAAGACUCGAAUAAUGAAGUGGUGGAGCCUUAAGGCAUUAUUAGCCUCGUCGACACUCAUUUCACGCCUAUUCGGGAAACCAGAAAAGCGACGAAACGCCAUGAACUUGCCAAAUUCUCCAGUUGAAAUAAUCCUUCAAAUCUCAAACUACCUUACCUAUGCCUCCCGCUUUGCCCUCACCCUCACGUGCAAAGAGAUCUAUUUCAAGACGACAGACCCUAAUCAGCUGGUACCUUCUGCUAGAUUGACGACCAUUAUGCCAAAUACCAAGGCGUACGACAUAGAAGACCUCCUCGAGAUCGAAAGAUGGCCAGUCUAUACCACAUUUGAUCACGGGCUGCGUGAACUAAAUUGUUUCGCCUGUCACCUCUGCCUAAAAAUCCGCUCUGCUGGUCAGUUCUCAAACGCCAUGAUGAAGGGUAAACGUGGAAAGUUCGGUGGGCUUUCGGCCGACCGCUUUUGUAUAGACUGUGGAGUUUAUUAUAAGCGCUACGCCCGAGGGACAACGAUGAGAUUCGGGGGAGUGUGCGGAGGGGUCGGGUCCGUUUGCCAACGCUGUGGUAGAUUUAGAGCUCAUAUCGGCGUCGCCCAGAACACACAGAAGUGCAUGUGCUCCUCUGGCUUCGACUUUGAGACAAUGUAUUCAGACCCCUUUGAAAUUUCCGAGGAUUGUGGGGACUGGCGAGACAUUCUCAUGUAA